CGAUUUUCCUUGCCAAGGAAACUCGGUGUGUACCAGCCGCAUCCUCGCCUCCUCCACCCGCUCUGCUACUGGUUUCCGCGGGAAGUCAAAUCUUGGAGGAUUUACCUAAGCCUUAAGAGGAAAGAAUCCACGUGAGUCAGCAGCAACUGAGAGCCUAGCCCACCUGCACGCUCGAGGCCGCCCCCCAUUCCCAAGAGGCUGGGCCCCGCCGCCCGGUGAAGUCACACCGCCAGCUCCCGGCGUCCCAGCCCGAGCGCGGCGUCCAAACUGGAGGCCCGGAAUCCUCUACUUCGCUCCACUCGACUUACCCAGGCCGCUGCCAGUCCCGGCUCCUUCCCCAGCGCCUCAUUUCCGACUUUUUCACUUGCUAAGUCGUUUAACAACUCCCAGCUGCUAGUUACAGCCUCUUUAUUUAUAGGUUCGCUGUUAUUUUACGUCGUUUUUAUUUCUCUCGGCAACUAUUCUAAUAGAUUAAUCAAUAACUAUUUUCUGACCUUCGGGAACCCCAGCUGACGCUGUUGUGGCCGCGCGGGGGGGGGAAAAUAUAUAUAUAUAUAUAUAUAUAUAUAUAUAUAUAAGCACGCUCACAUCUAGCGGGGAAAGAAAAGGCAGGACCCAGGUGGUUUGGCUUUGAGGGGAAAGGGAACGCGUCACCUCAGUAAUUGUCUCCGCCGAAAGAGCACCAAGACAGAAGGGGAUCUGAAGUCUAAUUAGCAACACGGAGCCGGAUGCGCAGCCCUUACUCAAGAGCUAAAAAGAAUCAAACCCCCAAAACAAAACGGAGGCUACUAAGUUUUUCCUUAAAAAAAAAGGGGGGGGGGGAUGAGAAUCUCGUUCGGUGUUGCCCAGUCCCAGCCUAAGGAGUGUUGGCAAAGUGGAGAAGGGGGAAGGGAGAGGGGGCAGGGAGGGCAGGGCAGCGAGAGCCGCAGGGUCCCGCGGACGCUCCCAGGCCCACGCCCUCACGCGCUCACAACCACCCUCCAGCACUCACACCCACAGGCUCCCUCGACCCCUGAGCAAGGCUCCAGCCUAGGCUGGGGUCCAGGGUGGGCCAGGACGCCCUCGGAGCCCUCGGGAUGCUGGCGCACCGUGCGGCGCUGAGUUGCGCGUCCCUCGUCCCUUUGUUGACAAUUCCCUGAACCAACUUGAGUUUGGCCGGCUCCACCGCGGCCCUGACGUCACGCGCGGUCACGUGGCCCCGCCUCCCGCUGGAUCUUUAAGUAGAAAGUAAUCUAUCAGGCCAGUCCUUAAAACGGGACUUUCGACUACGGGGGCUCGGCGUCCCUGACACCCCCCUCCCCCUGUUGCCCCUGUCCGCGCCCUCCCGAGCUGUUGGGCGCCCGGCGUCCCGCGCCCGCCUGCGCCGCUCUUGCUCUCCACGCCCGGGCCAGAGGCCGAGGAAGGCGGGCGAAGUGAGGGGGCGCGGCGUGGAGAAGCCGCCGUGGCCCGGAGCGGCAUCGAGCACCUAGUACCGAGAGCCAGGGACAGCAGGAGUUUGAAGAGCGCGGCCGCGGGGGGCGGACGGCAGCGCCCGCGCCGCGCGAUGCCGGGCUGCUAAGUGUGAGCCAAGCCGGGAGGGCCCCGAACCACCUACGUCCCCCUCCCCUCUCCCAUCUUUCCGGAGCACCCAAGCCCCCUUCCCCUGAGCUCGGCGGCAGCCCCUGACGACUCCCAUCGCCCGCCGCUCCUUCCCCGCCGCCGCCACCAACCCCGAGGAGGGAUGACCCUCUCCGGCGGCGGCAGCGCCAGCGACAUGUCCGGCCAGACGGUGCUGACGGCCGAGGACGUGGACAUCGAUGUGGUGGGCGAGGGCGACGACGGGCUCGAGGAGAAGGACAGCGACGCGGGCUGCGAUAGCCCCGUGGGGCCGCCGGAGCUGCGCCUGGACGAGGCGGACGAGGUGACGCCAGCGGUACCCCACCACGGGCAGCCUCAGCCUCCGCACCAGCAGCCCCUGGCAUUGCCCAAAGAGGCGACUGGAACCGGGGCUGGGCCAGGGGGCGAGGCGGGCGCUUCCGAAGCUGACGGCUGCAAGGGUGGCGUUGGCAGCGAGGAGGGCGGCGGGAGCGGAGGCGGGCCCGGCUCGGGCAGCGGUGCGGCGGGAGGCCUGGCCCCCAGUAAGCCCAAGAACAGCCUGGUGAAGCCGCCCUACUCGUACAUCGCGCUCAUCACUAUGGCUAUCCUGCAGAGUCCGCAGAAGAAGCUGACCCUGAGCGGCAUCUGCGAGUUCAUUAGCAACCGCUUCCCCUACUACCGGGAGAAGUUCCCCGCUUGGCAGAACAGUAUCCGCCACAACCUCUCGCUCAACGACUGCUUUGUCAAGAUCCCCCGCGAGCCGGGCAACCCGGGCAAGGGCAACUACUGGACCCUGGACCCGCAGUCCGAGGACAUGUUCGACAACGGCAGCUUCCUGCGGCGCCGGAAACGCUUCAAGCGCCACCAGCAGGAGCACCUGCGCGAGCAGACGGCGCUCAUGAUGCAGAGCUUCGGCGCUUAUAGCCUGGCGGCGGCAGCAGGAGCCGCGGGGCCCUACGGCCGCCCCUACGGCCUGCACCCCGCGGCCGCGGCUGGCGCCUACUCUCACCCGGCUGCUGCGGCGGCAGCGGCAGCGGCCGCGGCGCUCCAGUACCCAUACGCGUUGCCGCCAGUGGCACCCGUGCUGCCGCCUGCCGUGCCGCUGCUGCCCUCGGGCGAGCUGGGCCGCAAAGCGGCUGCCUUCGGCUCGCAGCUCGGCCCGGGCCUGCAGCUGCAGCUCAACAGCCUGGGCGCUGCGGCGGCCGCCGCGGGCACGGCGGGCGCUGCGGGCACCACGGCGUCACUGAUCAAGUCCGAGCCGAGCGCGCGGCCGUCGUUCAGCAUCGAAAACAUCAUUGGCGGGGGCCCGGCGGCGCCCGGGGGCUCGGCGGCGGGCGCUGGGGGCGCCGGGGUAACUGGGGGCACUGGGGGCGGUGGGGGCGGCAGCGCAGCACAGUCCUUCCUGAGGCCGCCCGGGACCGUGCAGUCCGCGGCGCUCAUGGCCACGCACCAGCCGCUGUCGCUGAGCCGGACGACGGCCACCAUCGCACCCAUCCUGAGCGUGCCGCUCUCUGGACAGUUCCUGCAGCCAGCAGCCUCGGCCGCGGCUGCUGCCGCCGCUGCAGCGCAAGCCAAAUGGCCCGCUCAAUAGGGACGUGCCGGUGGCUGGGACCGAGGGCCGGGCGGCUGCCCGGGGCGGUGGCUGCACUUCUAGUCUGCGCGCCCCGCCCCGGGCCCGGCCCCCCUGCCCAAUCCCGGACUCUGCCUCU